AUGCCUUUUUACCAAAUGUCCUUCUUCAAGUUCAAGCCGGAUGCGGAUCCCGCACUCAUCCAAGAGUGGCUUGCCAUCAGUAAAACCAUGCCGGAGAAGAUCCCGUGUGUUCGCAGUCUGGUAGCUGGCCGACCGGCGGGGCAGUUCAAGCACUUGGCCAAAGGCUGGGAUGUGGCCGCGUGCAUUGAACUUGACAAUGCCGAAAGCCCCAAGGAAUUCCAGGAACAUCCGGAGCAUGUCCGUCCGCGAGAAUUAUCGGCCCAAAUCUGCGAUAGAAAUGAGACUGUUUCGAUUAUGUUUGAAGUAGAGUGA